CAAACACUCAGGCAGGAGUGUGGUUCCCUGUGGCUCUGCAUCUUCUGCUUAAGGACUUCAGCCGAAAAGAGUGGCUGGUGCUGAGCACACUUGGAGAUGGCACACCUGGAGAUGGCGAACCAGUUCCUCUGGUCCUUACUCGCUGAGAGCCUGACAGAUGGUGCUAUGAAGCAGGACCAAACGAGGAUUACACUCUGUCUAGAGGCUCCGUGUUCAUCCUUCUGGGCAGGAGCUGAGCAUCCGCUGGAGCCAGAGUGCCCACUCCUCCCCCCUGGCAGAGCACCCAGCUGGGCUGUGGAAAUUCAUCCUGUCUUUGUGUGCAGACACAGUGCUUACGUGUCUGACAAGGACAAAAAUAAAAGGAGGAUGGGAGGAGCAGGCUAGGAAUAUUCCUUCCUCAGGCUCACUGUGGAGCAAUCAAGGUGAGGAGCCUGGGGAAAACAAAGCAGGAAAAAGGACUGAACCAGCACUGCAAACUGGUCGCCUAUGCUCUGGCACAUCUCCAAGGAGGAGAAAAGAAUGAGAUCUUCACACCGAAACACCAGACUGUUCAUUUUCAUUGCCCUACAAAAUCUAAACCUGCAUUAUCUUUGAAUUGCUAAUUAAAAAGGGGCCUUUAAUGCAGGCAGGGUGUCAGCAUGGAGCAAGCAUGUCCCCAGGGAACAGCAGCCGUGCUCUGGCUUUCCUGCUGACCGGCAUUCCCGGGAUGGCUCGUUUCCACCGCUGGGUUUUCUUCCCUUGCUGUCUGAUGUAUCUCAUCACAAUGCUGGGAAAUGGCACCAUCCUGCUCGUCGUGAGAUUGAAUCGAAGGCUCCACCAGCCCAUGUACUACUUUCUUUCGAUGCUGGCCAUCACGGACCUGGGCCUGACUCUGUCCACCCUGCCCACGGUUCUGCGCGUCUUUUGGUUUGGCACUGGAGAGAUCAGCUUCCCAGUCUGCCUCACCCAGAUGUUCUGCAUCCAUGCCUUCUCCUUCAUGGAGUCCUCAGUACUUCUAGCCAUGGCCUUUGAUCGCUAUGUGGCUAUCUGCUGUCCAUUGAGAUACUCCUCCAUCCUCACCAGUGCCAGGAUUGCAAAGAUUGGGCUGGGGAUGGUCUGCCGCUCUCUGACGCUGCUCCCACUUAUCUGCCUGCUCACGCAACUGCAGUUCUGCAGGUCCCACGUGCUGUCCCACUCCUAUUGCCUGCACCAGGACAUGAUACGGCUGGCAUGCACUGACUCCACCCUGAACAGCCUGUACGGCCUAACCCUGGUGCUGUUCGUGAUCCUAGACUCAGUGCUCAUCACCUUGUCCUACACCAUGAUCAUUAAGGCCGUGGUGGGCAUCACCUCCAGAGAGGAGCAGACCAAAGCCCUCAACACUUGUGUCUCUCACUUCUGCGCUGUCCUCAUCUUCUAUGUCCCCAUGGUCGGCCUGUCCAUUAUAUACCGGUAUGGGAAGAAUGCUGCACCCUUCAGCCACGCGCUCAUGGCCAAUGUCUACCUUUUUGUCCCGCCUGUGUUGAACCCCAUCAUCUACAGCAUGAAAAACAAGCCCAUUCGUAAAGGCCUCCUCAGGCUUCUGUGGCAAAGACUGGCCUGGCCUGACCAUGGCUAGCAUCCCAGGAGUCAUUGAAAAGUGGGAAGCUUGCCUACAUGAAAUGCCCAUAAAAAGUGACAGGUCGAACUUAAGCAGG